GGACGUGCGAGCGCCAUGCCGUGGGACCCGCUGCUGCGAGGCGUGCGCCAAACCUGCGCAACCCGUUGGCCUGGUGUCUCUAUGACGGUGGGGUUGGGUCGGCCGCUUAGGCCACGUGCCUUCGCCGCGUUGGUGGGUCUGCCUCCGUGCUGCCUGUUGUGGAGAGAGGCCACGCCCGUCCCUUGUUCAUCUUUCCUUCGUCCCUCCUUUUGCCUCUCUCGGUUUUCGCUGUCCACCGUUCUCCUCCUUCGCUCCACUAGGCUUCACUUCCUUUUCGCCUCGCCGCGGUUAGCUGAUCUUCUUCGUCGUCGCCGCGUGCAUGCCAGCGGCAAUGGCGUCUGCGCAUUCGGUCGGUGCUGCUGGUUAAGCCCAGUUUCUUCCCCUGCUGUCCUGCGCCCGUCAUCGCACCGUUCUGCCGUUUGCAUUAAGGUUGUUCGUCUGUUGCUGCGCCUUCGUUUGCUCGCUGCUGUUCUGGCUGUGCUUCUUCGGUCUGGAGUUUGGAUUACUCUGAGCACUGCCUGUAGCAAAGCCAUCAUGGCAGCCUGCACAUAAGGACUUCCGUGCGGCACAGGUAAUCUCCUCUGCUUGCGCCCCCACCUUCUCUAGCUGCCCUCUCCCUUUAGGUCUCAAUUUAUCUCUUAUAUGCAAGAAUUUGCGUCAUGAUUGAAAGAAGUGCAGAUUUCUCACUUCAUUGGCGGAUGCACAUGAGCUAUGAAUGAACCUGGAAGAAAUUUAUACUCCUACGUGAUUUGCUUGAUUUGUGUAUGCUCGGGCAUCAUUCCUAAUAUAGCUCAUAAUUUGAAUUUUAUUUUUGGUCCAUGAUAACAGUACUCUGUCGUCGGAGCAUACUGCCAUAUCCCUGCUCCCUUCUCCUUCUUCCAAUCCCUUGCCGCGCCUCUCCUCCUGCUCCCUCUCCCUCGUGCGAUUUUAUCACAUGCUUUAGAUGUACACAGUUUGAUAGCAUGAUGAAGUGUUCUUCAACAAUUUGUGUGUCUCUCACAUGAAAAAGAUAACUGUCUUGUGUUUCUCUUUCUUCUGAAUAUAUAGGCCUCUGAAUCAUCUUGUGGUAUAUUUACAUCUUAAUAACUGAAAUAUCCGCACUUUAUAUCUUUGUGGUUUGCAACCACUGAAAAUGUCUUGUUACAGUUUUAUCUUUCUUUUGGUGUUGCUCAGUGCAGGUAGGUUCUCAUGGUAGCCUUUGAUCCACUCGGAUCUCAAUGGUACUGGAGACUCUAAGGAUAAGCUGACACCUAAUAAGGAUCAGCAGAACAACAAAGAUGCUAAGAGGCAACCUUUUGGGUUUAAGGAUAUCAACAACAGGGCUUAUGAUGCCGAAGAGAGCUCGAGUGGCGUCUUUUGGUUCUUGAAGCCCUGCGCUUUCCUGGUGGAGUAGCAGCAACAACAGGGCUUAUGAGGCCGAAGAGAGCUUGAGUGGCGACUUUUGGUUCUUGAAGCCCUGCACUUUCCUGGUGGAGUAGCAGCAAAAUACUUCAGAGGCUUUAAAGCUACUGCACUUCACAUAGUUAGGAUCAAUUCUUUGUUUUGGUUUGAAAUACUCCCAAGUUCCUCCUAUUUGAUUGAUUCAUCUGAUGGACAUUAUGUCAGGCAAAUAUCCAUACAAGUCGAGAUAUUAAUAAUCCCAUAUGUGGAAUUCAAGAUAUAGAGAAAUACUAUUAUUCUUCUGCUAAUUGGUUGCUUGACCAAAUGUACUGUAGAUGAUCUUAUUAUUGUUCAAGAUAUAGGGAAAUGUUAUUGUUCUUCAUUGUAGUGGAUGAUAUCCAUCCCAGUUAUUGAGAUGAUGCAAGUACUACCGA